GCUGAAGUGGAAAGACUACAAAUAGAUCUGGUCAGGUCAAGAUAACCUGUUGACUCCUGCCCAUGCCAACCACUUUGUUUAUUUCUGCUGGCAGAGGAGCACCUUCGGUCUUCUGCUGACUCUUCAUUAGUCACAGUGACUGAGCUCCAGAAUGAAGCUCCUGCUGGGUUUAACACUUCUGUUGGUGACACUGGGUGUCCUCAACUCUGCUCCGGCAGACCAUGCCAAAGACAUCUCAGAGGACGCCUUAAAGCAGUUGUCACUGGAUGGUGAGAAAAUUGUGGAUGAGGAGGUGAGGAGAGCUCUGUACGGGGUGAAGCAGAUGAAGGAAGUGAUGUGGAGGAAUGAUGAGAAGCACAAACACCUGAUGAGUUCUCUGAGACACAGUAGCGACAAGAAGAAGGCAAGACCCAUGGGGGCAGCUGAACUAGCCAAGGAGGUGACUGAGAAGCUGCAAGAGGCAGAGGAGCAAUGCAAGGAGUCGCUGCAGUCUGAGUGGGAGGAGUGCAGACCUUGUCUGGAGGAUGCUUGUAAAACCUUCUAUACCUCCACCUGCCGCAGGGGCUUUUCUACUUUCCAUACUAAGGUGGAAAACUUUUUUAAAAGAGUUUCCAGGCGCUUUGGCCCCCGUGAACCCAGUUUGGAAGCAGGGGACAUCCUGGUAAACCAGGACAACAACACAGACUCAGAGGUUACCCAAAUUGAGGAUUCCUUCAACCGACUGAUCAAUAAAGUGGGCACGCUGGUGAACCGUAGCGUCACCCUGGUGUCUAAGCUGAGCAACAGGCUGGACAAAGCCCUUCAAAGAGCCUUCCUGAACGACACUGGUGUCCUGACAGAAGCAACCACCUCUGAUCCCUAUGACCCUGCCCAGGAUUCAGGCUUCUUGCAGGGUGUGGGACUAGAAGAAGUACUGGAAUCCUUCUUUGACUUUGGCAAGAGUGUGGUGGAGGAGUUUGGAGCUGUGGUCACCCAGGUGCUUGAUGAUAUCCACAAGACAAUGGAGGAGGAGAAGAAGAAAGAGAGACAAAGUCUUCCUCGCUUCCUGCAGAACAGGAAGUUGUGCAGAUCCCUUCGCAGACAGACAUCAGAAUGCUGGCAGCUACAGAACCAGUGUGAAGCCUGCCAAGGAGCUCUGCUCACAGAGUGUCCCAGUGUUCGAGAGCUGCAUGUGGAGCUGGAUGAAGUUUCCCAGCUAGUGGAUAUCUCCAAAGAGCAGUAUGAUGAGAUCUUGUCUAUAGUCCAGCACCACACUGAUGAAACAGUCAACUGGCUCAGCAACAUGGCAGCUGAAUUCAGUUGGGUGGCUGAGGCUGUGAGCAACAGCAGCACUCCACAAAACAUUUUCCGCAUCACUAAGGUGGCACCAGAGAGCCAUGGCGAACAGAACGAGGCUGCUCAUGAGACCAAGGUGGAGGUAAACAUCCUAAACUCUCCUCCACUUAUCCUCACUGUUCCCAGUGAGCUGGAGCUGCAGGAUCCUGCCUUCAUCCAGUAUGUGGCCCAGGAGGCUCUGGAGAAGUACAAAGAGAUGGUCAGGUUUGAAGAUGAAUAAUACUGCGGUGUCUUCUACUUCUUCAGCACUUCCUCUGCAAACACAGCUCGACUGUGUUUGUAUCGUAGGCAUCAUCUUAUUGAAAUCUACAAUAGAACAGUCAGCAAUCCUUGUAUUCAUUAAAAGUGAAGAAGAAAACGUGCUUCUCGCCUGCGGUCAAAUGGUGUGAAUAAAUAAAAAAUAAUAAUUACAGAGCAUAAGAAAACA